GUCAUUGAUACGCUCAGUAUUCCAAUACGGACACCUUGGGAAUGUGCUGUUGAACCGUGGAUCAUUUUCAGAGGUUACGGGGACUUAUGGCCACCAGUCGUACAGUUCGCUAUGGGAAUUGACCGCUGUAUGGCAGUUUUUGAUCCGAUUCUUGUUCACCCGUGUCACUUCUUAACUGUCCCGUCACACUUUUUUCUCUCCUCAUUUGCAUACUUUCAGGCAAAGUACUGGUGUGGAAGAAAAGCAUCUUUCGGUGAAAUUUAUGCAUCGUUUAUCUACGUAAUGAAUAUUUUUGGCUACCUCUCAGGAUUCAUCUUGGGUUGCAUAGCUUAUUGCAAGUCACUAUAUUUGGUGGAGAGCAGGAUCAGAUAUGUGCUGAUGGUUUCCGCUCUGUCGAUCGUUCUAGUGUCGAUACCAAAUGGAAUUUCCUUAUUUGUGGCCGAUGCAAUAGCGAAACCGUCCACCUAUCUAGCUUGUGCAAGUUCUUCUAUCAAUAUUUUCGUAUAUCUGGCUCUCAACCGAGAGUUUCGCACGGAAUUCAAAAGGAUCAUCUUAAGAAGAGGAGCAAUCUACUGUAAUCCCUUUUCUCCUGGCUCGAAAAUCAAAAAUGAUUCAGACUUCGUGUUGCUUGCACUGUAUAUGUAA